UUUUCUGGAAAUAGCUGGACUUCCUCCCAUUGGCGGGGCCUGUUCUGUUUUUUUCUGCUGCUUUGUUUUCAAUCUGUUUGCCUUAGCUGUUUCCUCUGGCACUCUAAGAGUUAAAGAUUUUGCAACACAGUUCAUGUGUUGGCUAGUUUAAAGAGGAAGGAAAUUGGGAGAGAACAGCUUCGUACGAGGAAGGUAGCUGCACAGAGACUGAGCAGAGCGAUGGUUUGAGACGAGUGGAGGGGACAGGGGGCGUUGAGAAGUGACAGAGAAAACUCAGAAGCUGGAUGAGGUUUUCUUUUAAAACAAACAAAAAAAGAAAAAACACUGCUGCAAACUGGGGACACGGUCUCAGAGAAAGUGAGGUUUGAGUUUGCAUACUCGAGGGUCACGUUCUUGUCAUUUUCAAUCUGAGUGACGGGACAGCAGAGUUUACACUGCCCUUCCUGCACAGCCCGAAUUUAGGGAUUCCAGUUUGUGAACCACGGUUAAACUCAGCAGGAUGGGUUUUGGCCAGGACCUGUGGUGCCCCCAGGGUCACAGCACCUUACUGCGGCUGCAGGACUCAGAGCUGCGGCUCAUGGAGGUGAUGAGGAAGUGGAUGACGCAGCGCGCCAAGAGUGACCGCGACUACUCCAUACAGCUGCACCACAUGUGCACGCAGGUCGAGAAACAGGAGGUGGCGCUGCAGAGCACGGGGCUCGACUACAUUAGCCAACUGAACAAGUCCUGGAGCUGUAUGGUGAGUCAGACGGAGAGCCUGAGCCGUAUUCUUCGCAAGCACUCGGAGGAUCUGAACUCGGGGCCCCUGAGCAAGCUGACCCUGCUGAUCCGAGACAAGCAGCAGCUGCGCAAGACCUACGGGGAGCAGUGGAGCCAGCUCAGCCAGGACCUCAGCCGGGUGACACAGACGGAGCUGGAGAAGCUGAAGUCUCAGUACCGCCAGCUGGCGCGGGAUACGGUACAGGCCAAGAAGAAGUACCAGGAGGCCAGCAAGGACAAGGACCGCGAGAAGGCGAGGGAGCGCUACAUGAAGCUGACCUGGAAGCUGCAUGAGGUUCACAAUGAGUACGUGCUAUCAGUGAAGGGGGCAGAGGUGCAUCAGAAAUACCACUACAGCCAGUCCCAGCCCGCGCUGCUCGACGCCCUGCAGAGUCUGCAAGAGGAGAUGCUCCUGGUACUGAAGGACAUCCUGCAGGAGUACUCUGACUUGACCAGCCUGGUCCAGGAGGAUGUGCUGCUGGUUCACCAGGAGAUUGUCCAUGCCGUCAAAGCCAUCGAGCCCAAACGGGAGUACGAGAGCUUCAUCCAGCAGAACAGGUCCGUGGGGGACAUACCGCCAACUGUGACCUUCGACACAAGUCUGCUGGAGGAUACAGACAUGCUGCAGGCGGGAGAGCUGCAGCUGAAUGACCUCACACUGGAGGGAAUGCAACACAAGCUGACCACGCUGGAGGAGGAGGUCCUGUCCCUCACCACCUCACUGAGCUCCCAACAGACCACCAUCAGCCAGCUGGAGAUGGAGCUGCAGAGCGAGGAGAGGAAUGCUAACUUCGGGCAGCGGGUGUACCAGUUCAGUAAGCGCAAUGCCCUGGAGGACAGCCGGCAGCAGGCGAUGGUUAUCAUGGGGACGAGAGUGAAGUUGGAGGCUCAGCGAGACAUGCUGGCAGAGAAGCUGCACCAGCUGGGUGAUGGAGACCCACCCCCGGCACUGGAGCUGGAGGACGACCGGGUGUCUAACUGCUCCAUGGAGCGAGACAAGGACAGCAGUAAGGUUCUCAGCCUGGAGUCAAUCAAGAGUCACAUCACUGGCAUUUUCAAACUCAAAUACUCGGUGCCCCCUCCCCUGCCAACGAUCCCAGAGCUCCAGAAGCCCCUGUCCCAGCAGGCCUGGUAUCACGGCGCGAUCCCCAGGCUCGAGGUGCAGGAGCUGCUGUUGAACGACGGGGACUACCUGGUGCGGGAGAGCCAGGGCAAGCAGGAGUACGUGCUGUCGGUACACUGGGGCGGGCAGUGCCGUCACUUCAUCAUCCAGAGCGUCGAUAAUAUGUAUCGUCUGGAUGGAGAAGGAUAUCCCACAAUCCCCCUGCUCAUUGAUCAUCUACUCAGCAACCAACUCAACGUAACUAAGAAGUCUGACAUUGUCCUGAAGAAAGCUAUCCCCAGGGACAAGUGGGUUCUAGAACACGAUGAUGUCAUUCUUGGAGAGCACAUUGGCAGGGGAAAUUUCGGGGAGGUGUACAGUGGCCGGCUGCGCUCUGAAAACAUCCCCGUCGCUGUGAAGACGUGCCGCGAGAGCCUGGCUCCAGACCUCAAGAACAAAUUCCUCAUGGAGGCCAGGAUCCUGAAGCAGUACGACCACCCCAACAUUGUGAAGCUGAUUGGCGUGUGCACACAGAGACAGCCUAUCUACAUUGUCAUGGAGCUGGUGCAGGGAGGGGACUUCCUGACGUACCUGCGGAACGAGGGGCAGCGUCUGAAGGUGAAGGAGCUGAUCAAGAUGGCAGAGCACGCAGCCGCUGGCAUGGAGUAUCUCGAGAGCAAGAAGUGCAUCCAUCGGGACCUGGCUGCACGGAACUGCCUGGUGACAGAGAGGCACAUUGUGAAGAUCAGCGAUUUUGGGAUGUCCCGCGAGGAGGAGGACGGGGUCUACUCUGCCACUGGAGGGAUGAAGCAGAUCCCUGUCAAAUGGACCGCCCCCGAGGCCCUCAACUAUGGGCGCUACACCACAGAGAGUGAUAUCUGGAGCUUCGGGAUCCUGCUCUGGGAGACCUUCUCCCGAGGCACCACGCCCUACGCCACUAUGACCAAUCAGACGACACGGGAGGAAAUCGAGCAGGGGUAUCGGAUGCCACCUCCUGAGGGGUGCCCGCCUGGCAUCUACAGUCUGAUGUGUCGAUGCUGGGAAUACGAUUACAAGAAGCGCCCCCCAUUCAGCGUGAUCCACAAGGAGCUGAGCAGCAUCUACAAGAAGCAAAGAUGAUCCCUGUGCUGGCUUUGAGUGUAAUAGAUGUUUACGAUGUGCAGGAACAGCUAUCGCUCCAAGGCUACAAGGCUACACAUUCACCUACAGAGGUGCAUAAUGUCGGUCACAACCCUAUCAGCUACAAAAAUUGUCAUGGCUAAUGUCUAAAAAAAAGUUCUGUUUUGUUCAGACUCUCGUCUGCAGCUUGAUAUGUUUAAUAUUUCUCUGGUAACACAGAGUCAGGAACAGGUUUAACAGACUCUGCAUCCCAGUGCUUUAUCACUUUAAGCCAAACUAAAACUGUGUUUUGCAAAUGUUUGUUUUUUAAAUUUAGAUUUUUAUAAGUUUGAUAAAGGUGUACAUAUCUUAUUGGUUGAAAUUGUUUUUAAUAAAACAAACAAACCAC